AUGCGUAGCUUCUUGGUUAGAGCGGCGCGUGCAAUAGAUGAUUUGCUGAGAUUCCCGCCUGUCAGACCAGACAUGGCGUUCGCCUUGGCUACAAAUGUUCCGACAGCGUCCACUUCAGCACCAGCAACGAUGAGCGACCUUGUGCGGGACAUGGGAAUCGUUUGGGGCGUGCCGAAGACGCGCACGACCAAACCCACGAAAAUGACGCGGAAGCACUCGUACACAAGGCUCUUCAUGCCGAAGACUGACAUCGUCACCUGCACUUCGUGCGGCAGCAAGCACCUAGCCGAAACGAUUUGCGGGACAUGUUACGAAAAGGUGCACGGGCUGACGAACGAGAUCAAGGCCAAGAUGAUGGCGUACAACCCGUACAAAGGCGAGGUGCAGGAUCGGGAGCUUCACGUGAAGUUCAGCGACGACGGCACCGACCAAGGGGUAGUUGACGGGCGCCGCGUCGUCGAGCUGGAACGAGAGCGGCCCUCCUGGUUCAAGAAGAUUGUCAAAUCG